AUGGGUCCACAGGAGGGUCAAGCUCCGUGCUGGUCGCUGAACGCGGGGUUGGGGACCCGGACCUGGAAGGUGGCCGCUCCGUGGUCGGUGCCGGCGCCAUCUGUUGGGGCCCGGGCAACGCAUCGGCAGUUUGAGGUGCAAGCGGCGCGGGCUCAGCAGGAUGGAGCUGAGUUGGUGCCGGUCCGCAGGGAAAAAGCGGACCACCGCGCCAUCAGGAAGAGCAACGGAGGGCACGUCAACAGGGGCCCCCCUUUCAUCAAGCACUCGCGCCAAAGCAAGCGCUUCCGCCUCACCCAGCAGGAGGGCAAGAUGCGCCUCCUGCAAAGGGCCGGGGAGGUAGUAUCUUUCAUGGGGAUCCCCUACUUCACGGAGGAUGGCAGCAAGUGA